UGGAGGGGUGGAGGGGUAACAAGAUGGCGGCAGAGACGGUUGAGCUCCAUAAGCUAAAGCUUGCUGAACUAAAGCAAGAAUGUCUUGCUCGUGGUUUGGAGACCAAAGGAAUAAAACAAGAUCUUAUCAACAGGCUCCAGGCAUAUCUUGAAGAACAUGCUGAAGAGGAAGCAAAUGAAGAAGAUGUACUGGGAGAUGAAACAGAGGAAGAAGAACCAAAGCCCAUAGAACUGCCUGUCAAAGAGGAAGAACCCCCUGAAAAAACUGUUGAUGUGGCAGCAGAGAAGAAGGUGGUAAAAAUUACAUCUGAAAUACCACAGACAGAGAGAAUGCAGAAGAGAGCUGAACGAUUCAAUGUACCUGUGAGCUUGGAGAGUAAGAAAGCUGCCCGGGCAGCUAGGUUUGGAAUUUCUUCCGUUUCAACAAAAGGUCUGUCAUCUGACAACAAGCCUAUGGUAUGAAAUCUUUUUUUAUUACUUGCAAUGCCAGAUCUUAACUCUACCCAGUUAAUUUUAAAGUUAAAGACUUCUUUCCAUGUCAGAGGGAACUGUCUUGAGAUCACGGGUUUGGUAACUGUUCUCAGU